AUGGAGUCGGAGGGCGGGCUCGGUGGCUCCGGACUGGCUCCGCACUCAGGGCGAGGGCUCGAUUAUCUGGCUAGUAGAGGAGUGCAUGCACUACCAGGAACUCAUUUUACAACUGAACAACUCCAACAGCAACGGUGGACACUAAGACCAUCACUACGGCAAAAUCCAAUGAUUCCAACCCGAGUUAAUACUAGGCCCCUGUUGGAUGGUAGCAUCUCCUUGCAAUUUGAAAGAUAUACACCAACAUUUGAACAUGCAGGGCAUCUGGUCAAUCAGAAAGAUGAAGAAAUGAGCUCACCAGAACGAGAGGUUUUAGCCUAUCUUUCAACAGAAGAACCCCCCAUUCUACAAGUCAAAAGAUUACAUCCUGACGCAGUACUUCCACAACGGCGAAUUGAAGGGGCGGCAGGAUACGACCUAACAAUUAUACAAUCUUGUAAAGUAUCACCAGGAGACCGAGUCUUACUCUCUACUGGGAUAGCUAUUGCUAUACCAGAAGGACAUUAUGGUCGCAUAGCAGCACGAUCAGGAGUAGCUCUUAAAAAGGGGAUACAUAUUGGGGUCGGAGUCAUAGAUCAAGAUUUUAGAGGUGAAGUAAAAAUUUUGCUUUUCAAUCUUAAUUAUGAAACAAUCCUUCUUGUGAAGCAUGAUAUUAUUGCACAACUCAUUAUUGAAAAGAUCAGCUUACCUCAAGUUCUUGAGGUUGAAGAAUUGACAAUAACAGUCUGA